AUGGAAGGUCACCAGAGCACUGAGUGUACCACUACUCUAUGCUAUGUGAAUUGCAAAGACGCACAUCCCGCCUACUCUCGCAAAUGCCUUGCAUGGCAGACAGAAAAAGAAAUCCAGCGUGUAAAAACAGUCAACAACUUACCUUACCCAGAGGCACGUCGCAUGGUCACUUCAAGUGCACCACUAAAACAAAAAACAUUUGCUGCUGCUUUGAAAUCCACAAAAACAUGUGUUGUUCAAACCGAUAUUUCUGUUUCCCCAAAGGAAUCCCUCACCAGGCAUGUGAAAUGUUUACUGAUUACACCAAAAAAAACACCAGAAAAGGAGAGUAUAAAACCAAAAACACCCUUACCUAAAGCAGGGGUAAUAACAAGGAACCUGGGUUCUAAAAAGGCUAGUAAGAACCCACUAAACAAGCAGAGAGUAAAAGCGGCUCUCUGUAAAUGUAAAAAAUCAGAGGCUCACUCUAUGAGUGAGUUUUCUGAUAUCUCUGAUGAAGAGACUAAUCGGGAGGUGACAAAACCAAUAUCACCUUCAAAAGAAAAAUCCCGGUUAGAUUAA